AUGCAGUUCACGACGAGCGUGAGAUUAAUUCACGCUCUGCUGGCGCUGCACAGUCUUACUGCGGUCACUGCAGCGCAAGCACUCUCGAUAGACUCGAACGGCUGCUACUGGACGUCAACAGUGGUCUUUGGCAACAUCACCAGCUCGAGCACCGUCCCGAACACGUUCAGCACUACUAGUGGUGGACGGUCGAUAUCGCCUAUUCUCCCGUCGUCGACGGUAUCAAAUCCCAGCACCAGCGAAUCAAUCGUCCCGACAACCAGUGGGCCGCCGAUCAUCACGACUACAUCAAGUCUCGCCUCUAGCGAGUCGACGGCUUCUUCCUUCUCGAGCACCCUGCCCACUGCGACACCUCCAGCUCCUGCGUCAACCCUUUUCCGCAUCACUGUCAGCGGCUUCAACGCCAGACUCCGACCCCGCGCCCCUAGCUACCUCUCCUUUAAUGGGGAGAAUGCUUAUCUCAUCGCAGACGAAGAGUUGUCCGGAAUCUUCGUCCUUACUUCUGAUGGCCAGCUUCGGACCGGCGACGCAACCGUUGGCAUAAAUGGCAGAACGGGAUCAUUGCCUCUGAGGCGUUUUCCGGGGUUGACUCAGCCUAGUGGUUACAUCUGGUAUUUCAACGACACAAGGCUGGUGUUUGGCGAAAAUCUCGCCUUCUCGGCACUUAGUGACGGGCAGAUGUUUGUAACAUUUCCUGGCGGUCAGCCCCCUACAGGCGCUGUUCAGCUUGGUCUAGAGCCAGAGUUCGUGGAGACAAUGACGAGUUCGACUCUUUCAACGACUUCAAACCUCGCUAGCAUGAGCUCAAGUCCUGGUACAGGGGCAAUGACAACCACCACAUAUAUGGAGACGAGCGUGUCAAGGCCGGCGACCGGCGGGCCUUAUUCUACUACUCCUAGCAUUCCUUCAAGCCAGGUUACCAGUUCCACCACAACACCGGGCGCUUUAUCUCCAUCAGCCAUGACCCCGGACCAGCCUCUGACCUCGUCGACAACAGCAUACACCACUACUGUACUACUGCCUCAAUCCACUUCAGUCGCAGCUAGCGGCGCAUCGUCUUCGACUUCGCUGACGCCCAGUCCGUCCCUUUCCAGUAACACGAUCAUCUCAAGUUCGAGUGGCAGUACGACAACAAUACCUCCUAGCGUAGCGAGCUCGUCGUCCGCCGCGCCAAGCACCACUGUUCAGGGCAAUCCAACAACCCUAUUGUCUUCGACAACGACAAAUGUGUUGACCUCCAACGCCAUAGCUUCGUCUUUACCCGCGACGUCAGCAUCAUCCACGAUGUCACCUUCAUUAGGGACGACCAUCUCCUCCACCACUUUGACGAAUGGCCCGUCAAGCUCCAUGACGAGCUCCAGAGUCACAACAGCGGUCACGUCAACACAGCCUCAACCACUCUCGACCACUUUGUCCCCAUCUGCUCAAAGCACCAACGCCCAUUCGUCAUCGAGCGUGGCAAAUCCCAAUCCAACCAGCAUCACGACCACAACGAGAAGCCCAAGCAGCACUUCUUCAUCCCUGCCCACCUCCACGCCCACAAGCUCACCCUACCCAGCCAAACGCGGCCUCGCCUACCGCAACGUGACCACCCUCCAAUACUACCCACCACCGUCGCCCUACAUCUCGUGGACCUACAACUACUACUCGCUCCCCAACGCGUCCGACGACGUAGGAGCGUACCCCUACCCGUCCGCGCCCUACCGCUUCAUCCCACUCCUCUACAACGACGCGCCGUCACUGACCUCGAUCUGGUCCUCCAACGUCAACUUCAGCAUCACGCACUACGGGACGGACGCCAUCUUCGGCUUCAACGAGCCCGACGCCAACUUCGACGGGCAAUCCGCCAACAUGCCCGUGGCGCAGUCCAUCCAGGGUUACGCCACCUUCAUGGAACCGUUCGCCGGGCGCGUCCGCAUCGGUUGCCCCGCCGUGACCAACACGGGCGGCGGCAUCGCGUACCUGGAACAGUUUCUCGGCAACGCGAGCCUCCACGGUCUCACCCUCGACUUUAUCAACCUGCACUGGUACGCCAGUCCGUACAACAUUGACUAUUUCCGCGAGUUCGUCACCCAGGCGUAUAGUUUGAGUGUGCUUUAUUCGCCGAACAUUACGUCGCGGUACGUCGACACGCGGAACGGCGGUGAAGCGUUGCCCGUGUGGAUCACCGAGUUUGGCCUGGAUCAGAACAAUUACGACUGGGCUACUAAUGUGGCGUUUCUGAAGAAUGCCUCGCGCUGGAUGGACCAGCAGGUCUGGGUCGAGCGGUAUGCUUGGUUUGGCAAUUUCCCCGGCGGUCUCACGAGUUAUGGCGCGCCCACGACGGGGAUGCUUUUGAACACGGAUGGGAGUGGGCGGAGUGCGUUGGGCGAUGUGUGGUAUCGGUAUAACGGGACUAGUUAA